AUGUCGGAUAAGCAGGAGAACCCCAUUGAAAAGGUUGCUGAAUCAACCACGGCUGCUCCCGCCCCCGUUCCAGAGGCUCACCCGGACCAGAACCAGGAGGAGUCAGCUCAGAAAGAGACCACCCCUCUUGCUGCCACCACAGAGCCUCCUGCGGUGGAGGCUGCUGCCCCAGAGACCUCGGAACCCGGUCCCGCCAGCACGGAGGAGCAGAAGGAUGAAAAGCCCGCGGCGAACAAACCGGCUUAUCUUGCCAACAAUCCCUCUCUGGGCCAGUUCUUCGAUCGGCUGCCCUCCAUACUGUCCACCACGAGCCAUGGUGAGAUGUGGGGGGUCCCGCUCAAGGAUGCCAAUGACGUGCCUACUGUCAAUGUGCUGAUCAAGUUCCUGCGUGCCAACGAGGGCAAUGUCAAGCUGGCAGAGGAGCAGCUGACCAAGGCCCUGCAGUGGCGCAAACAGACGAACCCCACGGCGUUGGCCGAUUCGGGUCGGUUCAGCGCCAGCAAAUUCGCAGGAUUGGGAUACUUGACGACAUACACCGAGGCCGAUGGCAAGGAGACCGUGGUGACCUGGAACAUCUACGGUGCUGUCAAGAGUAUCGACGAUACCUUUGGGAAUAUGGAUGAGUUCGUUCAAUGGCGUGUUGCGCUCAUGGAGCUCGCGGUCCAGGAGCUCAAAAUGGCCCAGGCUACGUCGGUCAUUGAGUAUGACGGAGAAGAUCCAUACCAGAUGGUCCAGGUCCAUGACUACCUGAAUCUCAGCUUUCUACGACUGAACCCCAAUCUUCGGGCUGCCACCAAGAAGACCAUCGAUGUGUUUUCCACAGCCUAUCCCGAGCUGCUGCGAGAGAAGUUCUUUGUGAACGUGCCGGCCAUCAUGGGCUGGAUGUUCGCCGCCAUGAAGGUCUUCUUGAGCAAGAACACCACCCGCAAGUUCCAUCCCAUCUCCAAUGGAGCCAACCUGGCCCGUGAAUUCUCUCCCGCCGUGAAGGACAAACUCCCCAAGGCAUAUGGUGGAAGUGGCCCCGCUUUGCUGGCGUCUGCUCGAACAGUGGCGGUGGAAGAGAACCCUCCGGCUCCUGCGACCCCUGAUGCGGGGAAAGAAGCAGCCGAUGAAACCCCCAAGAAAGCACCAGCUCCGAACGCUAAGCCCGCCAAGGCAGGCGAAGAGACUACGGAGAAGCCGACCAAGGCGGAUACUGCCGUCACCACCCAGGAGGCGCCUGCUGCGGCGGCUGAGGCCAAAUAG